AUGAGAAUUAGUCCUACUCAAGCGAUGAUCCGCAUGAAGUGUUCGGUCUCGUGCAGAGAGGUGGUUACCACGUUUGAAGUCGGAGGAAUCCUCAAAUAUACAGCAACUUUCGAAACAAUGCUGUACAAGUGGCUUACGAGCAACAGCAAAAGCGCUCCAGCGGAAAUCCAGUGGCCCGACUUCUAUCAUCCAUUUGACGUAUUCAGCCAAUGGUAUAAAACGGUGCUCAUAGCAGGAAUCACACUCAUCGCUAUGUUAGGAAUAACCUAUGCGCUAAUUUCGACUUGCGGACUCAGAUGCGUCGUCAUUCUAGCAAAGCUGAUGAUCAAACCGAUACGAACAUUCUACAAACUGGCGUGGAGACUCAGCGCUGCUGAACUAGAGGGAGAAACAACAUUCCUGAAGGCAAUCCUGAGAGUAGCAAGCCCUCAAGCGGAGUUCCUCGAAACUGCUCUCGAAGCAAUCCUAAAUUCGCUGCACAAUCAAGUCAAGGUAGCAACAACCCAACGAACACAGUGGACGUCUCUAAAGGGCGAAGGAAACUUCACAAAAGCAACCGUCAAGGAACAGAUCAUGCUAACCAACAGAUGUCUACGAAGUGCAAUGAUGACUAAAGAAAAAGUAUUGCGCCUUGGGACGUGGUACAUCCUAACGGGAAUCUAUGACCGCCAAGUGCAAGCUGGGCUAAUACCGCGGGGAAGAAGAUUCCAAUGGCUUGAAAAAGGACGCAAACAAGAACAUGAUGUUCAAGCCGAAUCAGUACUCAAAUUGGUAGAAAGUCUCAUGAGCUUCACCAAAACGACUAUAAACGGUAUGGAGGAUCAUCUAAAUAAAGUGGAAAAUCAAAUCAACCGCAAGCAAAAAGAAGGGAUCUUCUCCAAGAACUCAAUUUGGACUGGGCGGAGCAAGUCCAACGCCUCUAACAAGAAAAUGAAGCAAGUCAAGAACAGAUCCGGCUUUUGA